CCCGCGAGUACACUGAGAAAACAAACAAACAAACAAAACAAAAAGGGAUAUUUACUAAACUGCGCGUCAGCCAAGUUCGUGAUGCAGGUGAAGUCCACGUUGUUCGUUCUGGUGCUUCUGGUAAGAAAAUCUUUGUUACUUAGUUGAUAAGAAACAAUAGACUUCAUAGGGAUGGAUGAGAUGUGUAAAACUGUUUGCAGAUCCUCUAGUCACUUGCUUCAGUUACUUCCAUAGUCCGACCCGGCAAAAAGAUAUUUUGGUAGCCAUUUUGCCGAGCAAAAAAUUCGGUUAGCAAAGUGCCAUGAACUUUCCAAGCACUGAAUUUCUGCUUUACUUGAAUCAUCUUAAUCUCUUUAUUCCACAGAUUGCUAGGAAAGAAGGGCAAACAGGAAAAUACAGUAAGCCUUACACGAAAAGGAACAUCAGAAAGUUGUUUGAUGCUAAUGAGUACUUCAUUUCAGUGUUUCCUUCGGAAAUACAUAUUGAAUAUAAUCUUAACAAGGUGUUUUGAGAGCGACGGGAGAUGAAGAGGAAUAAUGGAAAAGAAUAACAACAAUUUUCGAGAAAUCUUUUAUUUGGUGCCGGAAUAAUAGAAUAAAUAAAACUUUCGAGAUGGAAUAAUGAAUCAGUUAACAUGCAUGGCAAUAUGGAAUACUAAAUUAACAUUCAAUCCUUUGGCCUCUUCCAGUCCCAAUAAUGUGUCCCCAAUUAGUACUUUCGUCCUAAAUACUUUGAAAAACAAAUAAAGUGCUUUCUUUCAGUAGAGGAAACAGUGAAGAAAAAUGAUGAAAUGUUCUUACAGUUUGAUUUCCGAGUUCGAAUAUUUUCAUUCAAUUAUCCUUCGCAUGCUCUCAUACACGCUUCUAGUAAGAAGCGGGAACAGGUGGAGGUUUUCAUGAUCAUCAGCUUAAUUGCUACAACAUAACCUUGAAUUAGCAAAAAAUAAAUGAAUGGAUGAAUGAAUGAAUGACUGAAUGAAUGAAUGACUGAAUGAAUGACUGAAUGAUUGAAUGAAUGAAUGAACAAACGAAUGAAUCAAUGAGUGAGGGAAACAAGUACACUGAGUACAGUAAGUUAUUGUUUAGAGCUCAAAAGCAAUAGUUUCUGACGUGUAAGUAGCACUUUUAAAAGUUAUUGCAUUCACUAAUUAAUGUAACCAAUAACGCUGAAUUUGCUGUUCAACAUUUUAUUCACAAUUUAGGACGUUGCCAAGACGCUCUCGGCAUGUCAGAUGGAGUGAUUACAGAUGCUCAAAUUACUGCAUCUUCAGAAUGGAAUCCGGUUUCACAUUCCGUCUCUUUUGGGAGGCUUUAUAAUAAAACAGGCUCUGGAGCUUGGGUGGUUAGGAUAAUUGAUCUGAGUCAGUGGAUACAGGUUGAUGUUGGUCGGCAAAGGACAAGAAUAACACGAAUAGCAACCCAAGGAAGAUACAAUUACCCUCAGUGGGUGACCAAGUACAGUCUGCAAGUUAGUAACGAUGGGGAAAACUUUCAGUACUAUAAGGAACAAGACCAAGCCACAAACAAGGUACCAUAUAAUUCCGAGAAUAAGCCUCUCUGUUUAAAGGACCCCCCUUACAGUCUUCCCCCGCACCCCCAACAAAAAAGAAGAGGGGGUAGUUGUGUUGCAGAAGAUAGAUUCUAAUUAUUUCUGAGUGGUUGAGCUAGGGACUCAACAAUACUUUACUGUCCAAACGUUUUUGGUUUUUCUUGAGGAAUCAGGUUUUCACCGGAAAUACAGACUCAAACACCGUGGUUUCUCACAACUUGAACCCAUCGAUCAUGACGCGUUACAUCCGUUUUCGACCACUCGCAUGGCGUGCCCGCAUAUCGAUGAGGGUGGAGUUAUACGGCUGCCCGUGGCCAGAAGGUAAUGUGAAUCUAUUUGCAACCAUCAAUAUUUUAUCACUAUAUAUCUUUAUCAAGCUAAACUGACUAAAGAAUGAUGCAAUAUCACAAAACCAGUGUCUAAGACUUAGGAAUAUGUGCAAGGUUUAGCCGUUGACUUUAAAUGCAAUCAAAUACAUCAUCAUUACUUUAUUUGUAGAAAAGAGAGCAUGGUCUUUCAUUUUAGAAUUUCAUGUAGUUGUUUUCCCUAUUACCCGAUAUAAAUAACUCAUGAUAAAAAAAUAAACAACAAUUUAGUGGCAACACUCCAGCAAAGGCGUCGUUCGAACUGGAAAUGUUGGUUUUUGAAGUUAGCGGGAAAAAAGAAAAUACCGGGAGAAAAAUUGAGCUCUCUUAGCAAAAACCGGAACCGCCACAUAUGGCCUCUGGUAUUCGAACCCAGGCCACUUCCCUGAAAGGAGAGAAUACGCCACCCUUGUCCCUUUCCUUACAUUUUACAAUAAACACGAAAUUAUUUGGCAUAAGUACGAAGCAAUUAGUCUUCAGUUUCUGUCAGCGAGAAGAAUCAACCUCGUCUCUAUGCAGAGGGGAAAAGCCCUGGAGACGAGCCGGUACCUAGUUAGUUAAACAAAGAUACAAAGUCUACCCCCUGUUAUCCUCGUCGAGGUAACUUUUUAACUGGUACCAUAUAAUAAUUAAAGAGCAACAGAAGCCAGGAUCAUCACCAAUUGAAUAUCGAAAACUGAUCUAUUCAAAGGCUAAAAUUCUUUCCGCAAAGGAACCUUCCUUUCUAAUAAUACCUUCCUUAUACUAUUUUCUCACCCAGAUCAAGUUGUGCUCUUCUCCACCUUUGGUUUUGGCAAGACCUUGUCAGGCCACGUGAUCUCUUCAAUUUAUGCAGCACAUUCUCUAAGAUGUAUGGAACUUUGCUUGACGACCAAGGACUGCAAGUCGUUCAACUACAGUGGAAGUAAGCGCAUUUGUGAAAUGAAUAGCUCCACUGCCAAGAAACAUAAGAAUGGUUACCGCGAGAGUAAAGAUUUCGACUACUAUGAAGCAGUUCAACAUACUGUGAUAGGCGAGUAAAGGAAAAACAUCAAAGUUGUGCCAUGUCGCCGAUGAUAUGAUACUGGGGUGACAUAUACCCAGACCGUCUGCAACCGUUUGCACCAAAAAGGAUCAAGUAGAGAUUUUAGUUUAGAGUACCAAUUAGGACUAUCUUUAUUUAAACCACUUGAUAAAUUUGAAUAGGAACCGGCAUGCACUAAGUAAAUGUUCUAGCCAUUGUAAAUAACUCCAACGUAAAAAUGACCUAUUAAAGACAUGUAAACAAACGUGUACAGGGCUAUUUUACAAUUCACUCUUGGUUCAGUCUUUCUGAGACGAAUAUAGUUGUUAAGUGUCAUAGAAGGUAACUGAAGUUCAGCUUAUUGUAAAUAGAUUUCCACUCCAUAAUAAAAUAAAGGCAGCACAAAAGGUCGGGAAAAGGUGUAUUAACCCAUUCGCCCCUGAACCGCCCGUAACUGCCAGUAUGGAUCCAGGUCCUUAGUACCCUUUGUGACGUCACCAGUUUUAACGUUCAAGGACAACUUUCUUCGGUAACUUGUGUGGAGUGAAGAGAUCUUUCAAACCAUACCAGAAUGAGCACAAUUCAGUCAAGGACACCGGAGAAAGAAGCAAAAAACCACGUGACAUUGACCUGAAAAUCUCCAUGAAAAUCUUGUUCCAUUGCUCACCUACCUUUGCUUUCACCUAAUCCUAAGAUCCUAAAAGCUUUCCUAAAAACUCUUCCCACCAAAAUGAAGCCUACUAAAUGCCCAGCAAGAGAAAAAAAAAAUGAGGCAAGAAAAGCGAAAAAAGAAGGGAGGAGAGAAAGCGAAAAGUAAAAGUCAAGACUGCAUUUUGCUUUCUUUGCAUGACCGAACUUCGCAAGCUGAUAUUUUGCAUCUGGAUCAGAAGGCCGCGAAGUGUACGACCUGUAAACCGGUUUGUGGUAAGUUUUAGCUCUUUAUAGCACGACAGUGACCAGAAAACCACUCGACUAGCUUCAAAACGCGUUUUUCGGCAAAAUCUCCUGGAGCGAAUGGUUAAUACUGUUAUUAUAAGUGUAGCAUCAGCAUUUGUCAGUUUUCAAACGUUCGCAAAAAUGUGGCACAGAACUUCCUAAAUUUUCCCCGCUCAAUUUACGAGAAAAGCACACUUCUUGGCAUGUUACGACGAUCUACAAACUGUUAGUGCCAGAUUUGCUAGUUGACUGAAUAAGUAAGCAACAUAUUAUUUAUAUUUUCAAACAGUGGUCUUUUAAUCCUGAAUGCCACUUAAUAAAUUUUAAAAAAAUUUGAAGUUUUUCUUUAAUUUCUAAGAUUUGCAUGCAUGGAAUUGUGGUCUAUCUAAAAUUAAUAAAUAUCAACUGUGAUGUUAUAGAAACCAAAAUUUUGAUUCCCCCAAGAAAGUUAAUAACAAAAUUUUACUUAUUCAUUCGAUUACUUUAUAAAAUGUAUUGUAAGGUAUAACAGAGGGUCACUAUAGGUUAGUCUCAUACUUGUUAUUAUUAGGGAGCCAAAACUAAAAAAUCUUGUUAACAACACUGAAAUCGUUGCAAAACGUUUGCGAAGGUAGUCGUUCAAAUCGUCAAGGUUUAAUUAAACUUUGUUUUUGCUGAGUCAAACACAGAUUUUUUUGUUCUGGUUUGUUCUAUUUAUUUUUUCUCCUGAGGUUUACUAAAAACCUUCCUAAUAAAUUCAUUUAUUAUUUAUCUUAAGUGUACGCUGCUUUGUUUUGUUAAAAAUGAAGAGAAGAAACAUUAGAAUAAACGUUUAUCCGCGGGACCCCUUUUCAAGAGGAAAACAAACGAAAUUUUGAAGCAAAGCCCAUGAGGGUGCCCGCCCUCCGGUUGAAUAACAAUGUCGCAUCAUUUGCUGUGGUAGGCAUCGGAAAAUACUAAUGCGACGUUGUCUUUUGAUUUUUUGACUAUGUUUCCUUAAGUUAAAGGUUAUUUUCAGUCGAGUACACUUCUAGCAAGUUUAGCAUAGUUUUUUGAAAAGCUUUUCCAUUUGUCGCUUUUAAGAACAAAUCUUAGCGAUGUUAAUAAUUAAGUUGAGCAGAUUCCAGCUCUGGAUUACUCUUGUGUUUGAGGUGAGUAGACUGUUUUCUAACAGUUUUUAUUCAGCCUGCUUAAAGGGGCUAUGUCGCGCUAUUUUCUAUCUUUUUUAAAAUGUAAAACGUGUCUUCGUAUCAAUGGAAUUUCAAAACUAAUGGUCCAGAUUGUUUACUGUCGUCAUAGGGAGCCCAUCCAGAAUCACAAUAGGCUACUGGAAGCUAAAUUUUAAGGAUUUGUAUGGGAAUUUAUAGUAAGAUGGAUAAAACGGUUUACAGUACAUAAACAGCUAUUAAAGUGUACAUACCUCAUAAAGAAGUUGUGUCUGUGUUGUUUUCUUAUUGUUUCCUACCCUAUUAACGCCGUUUUAGCAGAGAAACCAAAACAUUAAAACUUGCUAAAACGGCGUUCAGAGUAUAGGACAGGAAACAGUAUGAAAACAACACAGACCCAACUCUUUAUGAGAUAUGUAUACUUUAAUAGCUGUUUGUGUACAUUUUAACCGUUUUACAGAUUUCACAACAUAUUCCCAUACAAAUCCUUAUAAUAAGGCUUCAAGUAGGCUGUUGUGAUUCUGGGCACCCUGUGCUGUCGUACUUCUUUUGCUACUGAAGGCAAGGAUGGACAUAAGUCAAAUCUCAAAAUUGGCCGUUUUCCAAGCUUUAAUAAUGUGCCAGCCAAAAUGACCAAAAAUCAUGCUUAGCGCUCCCAUGCACACUUUUUUAAAACGACAAUCAUUUGACUUCCGUAUAUUAUUAUUAUUAUUAUUAUUAUUAUUAUUAUUAUUAUUAUUAUUAUUAUUAUUAUUAUCGUUACUAUCAUUAUAAUUAUACAAAUCUUUGAUUUAUCCAUAGAUCACCGGAACACAGGCGAGCCAAGGUAUAGAAUUUGUGCUGACAUGUUUGACAUGUUUGUCAAAAAAAUAUGAAUAUUGGUUCAGAAUACAUCCUGUUAACAAUGAGGGGAGUAUAAGAAACAAGUAAAUGAAAUACUUUCAGCCUCUAAUAAACCUCAGCUACCCAACGGUCUACAAGACGGUUCUUGAUUGAAAUAGACGCUAGUGUUAUGACGCUCAUUUGUUUUGAAUUAAUUUUUGUUGCAGUUACCGUUGUUGUUUUGUAAUUGACAUUUUGUUACUUUGGUUACUAUAAUCUUUAUUAUCAACAUCUUUUUCCGUUUUUUUUUUUUAACAAACUAAAGAACAACCAGUUCCAUGGCCAAUUUAACAAACAGAUUCCAUGUGGCCGUGCAUAUGUUCAGUAAUAGAUCACAGAUGAUGUCAAAUAAAUAUGGUAAGUACAUCAGUGACACACUCGCCUGCGGCUCGAAUGCCACUUUUGUUCUUACCACAUUUUGACAUCUUCCAUGAUCUAUUACCGAACAGACCCAAGGCAACAUAGAAUAAUCUAUUCCUUUCAGACAAUUAAAAGAGAAGGGGUAACAAACUAGUCUCAUAGAACUCGUUUUGUCUCAGUUUCUCUUUUUUUGUUACUUGUAAACAGUAAUCGUUCCUUCUGAACGUUUAUCGAGGUCUUCAAGUGCUUAUAAUACCCGAAAUAAUCUCGCAAACAUUUUCAAAACCACGCGCCAUGAAUCUGUACUCUAAUAGAUCAUGGGUAAUGACCAAUCACAACGCGCGUAAUAUUCGCCAUAUGGUAGAAACUCUUAUCGACCAUAGCUUUCGACCAAUGAGCGCGCGAUGUAAAAACUACUUUAUAGCUUGCACAAAAUUACUAUUCUUACCGCUUACAGGUAAGUUUAAUGUCAAAUUCUCGAUUCGAACAAUUUAUGUAUUUCAUUUUCUGGGACAUAAAGAAUGCCAAGAUGCCCUUGGAAUGGAAAACGGUGCAAUUUCCGACGGUCAAAUCACUGCGUCAUCGUUUCAUACUCAUCCAUGGAUUGAUCAUAGUCCUUACUUGGCAAGACUUCAUUUGCAGCACAUCUCGGAUGCGCGAGCAGGAGGCUGGGUUGCCGCCUUACCAAACGAUGCCUCACAGUGGCUACAGAUUGAUUUAGGCAAUCGGCACUAUAACGUUACAAGGGUGGCCACACAAGGACGACAAUCUUCUAAUCAGAAGGUAACCAAGUACAACUUACAAUACAGUGAUGAUGGAGUGGCUUUCAGCUGGUAUGAAAACGAUCAAGGGCAACCUAAGGUUAGUAAUAUUUCAACCUUUAAACGUCAUUGACUACAUGGUAGUUUUUUUAUGUUAAAUGAAAAACAUUAAGCGUAUUCGAGAGCUUCUUACACUAAAAAGAAGACGAUUACGAUGAUUUUCUCAAUAUUAAGUAAUGCGCGUGCAUAAACCAGUUUCAUUUUUGGGGGGGGGAGCGGGCUGAUGUGAUAGCCGUCGUCAUUCAACUACGGGUUUUCGCGAGAAUGUCGUAGUGGCAGCGGAAAUAAGUUAUCAAAUGUUAGUAGUUUUAUCAUUUUGAGAUCGGUAGAGGGCUUAAUCUUCUUCUAUUCAUUACCUUUUCUGGUAAGCAAUUAAGCUUUCCGUAGUGUUUAGGUUUUGAGAAUACGCGAAAAAACUUUAAGUUCAAUCUCGCCUGGUGGUGGUCAUCCAAAUCCUCAAAUCAAAAGGGCUCGAUCUACCACAGUUUUUACUGAAUUUUUAUUGACAAUUUUUUUACACUUGGUUACUAAUCUCCAAGUCUUCUGAAGAGUCAACGUUUGCUGAUAUCAGAAACGCAGAUUAUUACUAUUAUAUUAUUAUUAUUAUUAUUAUUAUUAUUAUCAUUAUCAUCUUGACAAAUGAAUUCCCAAAGAGUGAAUUGAAACUAUAGCUUUCUAACGAGUAAUUUUAAUUUCUUACGUAUUUAGGAUUUUGCUGGAAACACUGGAGACGCGAACGAUGUUGUUUCUUAUGAUUUGAACCUACCAAUCAGGGCUCGAUACAUUCGUUUUCUACCUGUGACGUGGGAUAACUAUAUAUCAAUGAGAGUGGAGCUUUAUGGCUGCAUACAAGGUUUGGAAGACGUUUUGGACAAAAAUUCACUAGUGCUGUUUGACACCAGUUUACCAUUUUUAACUUUCAGUGUCCAAGCUUGAGCCAUCAAAAAAUCUUGCUGAAAAACUCCCACCUAUUAAUAACUUUAUAUAUAUAUACCACAAUUUACUUGUCUUAGGAUGUCAACAAGCUCUUGGUAUGGCGAAUGGUGCAAUCACAGACGAACAAAUUAGCGCUUCUUCGGAGCAUGAUCCUACAACACAUUCCCUCAAAUUUGGUAGAUUAUUUUAUACAUUAAAUUCAGGAGCUUGGGUAGCAAAAGUUUCCGAUGACUCCCAGUGGAUUCAGAUUGAUCUUGGCAGAAAAAACAUCAAAGUGACGCUUGUGGCGACGCAAGGCAGGGCAAAUUACGGCCAGUGGGUUACAUCAUAUAAGCUACAACAAAGUAACGAUGGAGCAAAUUUCAAGUACUACAGAGAAGCCGGGCGGCCCGAAGAUAAGGUGAAAUUCAAAGUAGCAGUUGAAAGUUUAAAGAAUCAAUAAUAUUUUCUCACUUGAUUUUACCUACAUGACUUCAUUAAUGCAUAUAAUACAAAAAGAAAUCUAAAUUCCCAAACGGUUUGGAAUAAUUAUCCGUUCGAAUUUUCCUGUUCUUAGUUCCAGCACUAGGUUCAAUAUGAUGUCAGUUGAACAUUUUGAAUUUGUUGCCCCAAAAUUACUGAUUAAUGUUUUUUAAAUCAUAACUAAUUGACUUUGAUUACUCAUUAUUGUUCAAUUUUUAAGGUCUUUACUGGAAACACAGAUCAGAACACCAUUAAAUCUCAUGAAUUGAAUCCACCAAUCAGAUCUCGCUACAUCCGUUUUCGACCAGUUACGUGGAAUGGAGGUAUAUCAAUGAGAGUGGAACUGUACGGCUGCGCACAAGGUACAUAUCCCACCAGUUUAUCGGUGACGGUGCAUUACCGCUAAUAAAUUGGGACAUUUGGGGACUGGCACAUUAGACUUGUUCGUGAUAAACCACUUUUGGGUACAUGUUAAAAAUAGCAUGCGAUUAUUAGCAAUUAUUGAAUGAGGCUGAGUAGCAUUUGAAGAAUUAUGCAGAUCGAGGACGAUGUUAUCCACCGAGACUGACUGGCCAAGGUGAAUAACAUUUUUAAGUUCUUAACAAGCUUAACUCCUCGUAGACGUUCUUCUAAACUUUGGCGUAUUUUCGGCACAGGUUUUUUUCUUGCAGAUACACCUCAUUAAGUAGAUAACGUCCAUCGAGCAAUGACUUUUGCGUAUUCUUGCUUUCCUUCCAUUCAGCUUUAGACAUAAAUUCAGCUAUUUCGUCUUAGGAUAGUCGUGAACGCCAUUCUUUUUUUUGGUUCACUCGUGAAUAUCGUGGAAACGACGUUGAUCGACGGUCUAUUUCCCAUGCAGCCUCUUUUCCAAUCAAAGAUACCAUCGAUCAACCUCGUUUUCGAUCAAAUAUACCAUUGAAUCGAUGGUAUAUUUCUAGCAUCUUCCAAAUUUGGUCAGUGCCCGUUGGUUAUAUAUAAUGAAGAACUAACCGGAGGCUCUAAGCCAAUCAGAAAUUGCGAAAUAUUUUGAAUGAAUAAUUUAUCCUUUUCUGGCUAUAUAGGAAUGCGCAAUGCAUUUGUAUGAUAUGACUUGGUGUCUUUCAAAUAUAUUCUUCAGAAUGUCAUCAUGCCCUUGGUAUGGAAAGCAGCUUAAUCCCUGACGUUCAAGUCAGCGCUUCCUCUGAGUAUAGUGAUUUGUAUGCUGCUACUAAAGGUCGACUGAACAACAGUCCACAGCCUUGGGUACCUGCUUCGUCUGAUGCAGAUCAAUGGCUGAAAAUUGAUGUCCUAGGAAUGGGGCGAAAGUACGUUAGAGUAACGGGUAUAGCAACGCAAGGAAGGUAUCAUUCUACUGUAUCCCAUUGGGUUACCAAGUACAAGGUCAAAUACAGCGAUGAUGAUGUCACCUGGCAAUUCUAUAAGGAACACGGACAAAAUAGUGUCAAGGUCUGAUAGAGAGAAACUUACCUUAAAACUUAAUAUAUCGGUAUAGUUAUCACGGCCUCCCUAAAGCUAUAAUAGUUUCAGUAAACUUAUGUGUGUCUAAAAAACCAGUGAUUAUUUACCUCUUAAUUAUGACAUAAUCAAACAUAAAGGUCAUCCUGGAUUGCUCUUAACUUUGACCUUACAUAAAUUCUAUUGUGUCAUAAUAAUAAACAUAGGUGUGUGAUGACUGAGUAACUAGUUGUCUAAUUUCGUUGUCGCACUAUUCUCUUUUCAAAAAGGAAUUUGUUGGAAACUUUGAUAAGGAAACCGUUGUUCACCAUGAUCUUAACCCACCAAUUAAGGCCCGCUACGUCAUGUUUCGACCGAUAAUGUGGAAUGGUGGAGUAGCCAUGAGAGUGGAGCUGUAUGGUUGUACGAAAGGUGAUAAAAGACAAUUAUUCUUAGUUUUUAAAUCCAAUAUUUUAUAUAUGAUAACUUAGUCCUUUAACGUAUUCAAAUUUUAUGUAGUACGCUCGAAAAGAAAAACGCAGUAGCAGAUGGAAGCUAAAGUUGAAUAGGCCAUGCCCGAGUUCCCCGGGGCCGCUUUAUCAAAACGAGGCUAAGUGCUCAGCCUUUGAUAUGGAAAUAAUUUUUCAUUCUCAUCCAAAUAAAACUCAUUUUCACAAGGCAGGUUGUGCACUUGGCCUGUUUUUGAAAGUGAGGGUCUUUGGAACUCGGAAGUGGCCCAUUGAGUCUUUCCAGUAACUGGAUAUAUAUUUAGGGUGUGUUCCUUUGGGAUGAUCCGGAUCUGGGUCAGUGAUCCGAGAUCACUUAGAUCAUUGUGGAUCAAAUGAACCGAUGAAUCCUUGUUCAGAGUGGAUUCAUUGGUUCAUUUGUAGAACAUCAACAAACUUAUUCCCUACGGUACUAGCCAACAAGAUAAAAUAUGACCUCAUUAAAGACUGAAAUAUGCCAAACGAUUAUGAUUUCAGCUUUUUAAAAUCUGAUGCCUUUUUUAGUAUAGAAUCUUGUAGCUAUUGAUUUCUUUUUGAUUGAGGAGCUUUUGCCUGAAUCGCGUCAAGCCUCUGAAAUCCCCGCAGCAAGAACCUCUAAACCCGUCAAGUUUUUUAUUCUUGUCGGCGGUAUUUCGAGUGCGCACAUCUGUUUAUUGAUAAACCGAUGGUCAUAACCGAGCCCACACUACCAGGCGCACGGCCAAGUCCUGGGCUCAGCAACAAGCAGCACACCUUCAACAAAUUAACAAAGAUCUCACUGGGAUUCAUGUAGAGCUUUUCACGAGUACGUCAAAAUCGAGCAAGAGAAAGAACUGCUCUGCUUUUUAGGAUGUGACUUGUGCUAAGGAACCGGCAUAAAAUGGACUGCUCGGAUUAUCACAUAAUUAAAGUUGCUCGACUAAAACGAUUUUGGAAACUAUACAACACUUCACUAAACUACAUUAACAACAAAAAGCCAACUAUGUGUAGUAAAACGGGAAACCUCUUUUUAAAUCAAGCUUACCUAGAACUUUCCUCAUUGUAAUGUAAGAUUUAAAAUCUUUUUAUGUUUAUGUAGUUUGUUUCGAUGUGUUUUUAUUCGUUUAGUCAUUCAGUCUUUUCGCUAAUUUCGUUACCGUUUUUCGUACACUAAGGUUUUUGUAUUCUCUGAACGCUAAAUAUUGAGAACAUUUUGUAGUCCUUAAAAAGAAGUCGUUUGUUUUGUAGAGUGUGCUUCACCAUCCAUUGGCAUCGAGAAAGGAAAAAUUCUUGAUUCUCAGAUGACUGCGUCGAGUGGAGAUGCAUCACUUGCUCGUUUAAAAGGACGCUUUGCUUGGUGUCCUUCGUCAGACGCUCUUAAUGAAUACAUACAGGUGAACAAAAAACGACAAUCGAUUUUUGAUCUGAUAUGUAACAAGAAAUAGUGCGAAAUCUUAUGAGACACGAGCCAAAAGAACGUCUAAGGAUUGGCUCAUACAUGCAAGGUACAUGUAGUCCAAGACAGUAUUGGAUUCCAGAUUCCAGGUAUAAUAGAGUCCAGAUUCCUUGUCCGUGGAGCUUGGAUUCCGGUUUUUAAUCUUAGCUCAGCGUUUUUCUGGAUCUGAAUUCCGGAUUCCAAAGCCUAGGAUUCCAGAUUCCGCAGGCAAACACUUCAUGGAUUCCGGAAUCCAGAUGACCUUACUUAGGAAGAUACGGAGGAGGAUUAAGUUACUGCGGCAGUGGUAAAUUUGAAUUAUUGAGUCACUUUCAUUCAAGCCUUGGCUUAACUUAACGAGGCUUAAUGGUUAACGCCAAAGGUCAAUUUAAUAAAAUUUUUACACGUGUAAUUUACAAGUGUAGCCAUUGUUUUAAAGUCUGAGAAUAAUAGCUACACUUUUAAUUUGAUUAGCUAGAUAUUGUUUGAAAAUAAUAUGCAACUAUUCCUUUAUAUAUUUCUGAAAAAAAUAUCACACAAAAAAUUAUUUAUACAGGUACUUGGUCUGAUAGUUGAUUUCGGUCACGUCUUUGCCCAAACAUAAACUACUGAUGAGCAUUUGUGCGUGUCUCAGAGGGUCAUUAAUGUCUUUUAUGCGUUUAAACAUGCAGGUUGAUUUGGGAGGAAAGUUCCGUGUUUGCGCUGUAGCCACUCAGGGAAAUCCUGGUGAACAAAAGAGGUUUGUCAAAGAAUACAAACUGAGGUGGUCUAACGACAAUGUAAACUGGGACACAAGCUCAGAGGUAGGACCAGUUUAAAUAAGUACAGCUUAGCUUAGCAGCCUUUGUAGUAAGGAUAAUGUUUUCGGCAACGUUUUGACCGAAUGCAAGCCAGAGGAUGGACUUUCACUGUAGCGUUAUGAAAAUGCGACUUAAUGUAUCGGUCAAAUCGAAGCUUCAACAUGCCCCCCCCCCCCGGGCAUACCCCGGGCAUUUGACACCUUUGCCGUCCCGGGGAGGAGGGAAUUUGAUUUUCAGAGUCUUCUAGGGGGUGGGGAAUUUGAUCCCCAUGCUUUAGGGGUGGGGAAUUUGAACUGCACCCUCGAUUUCAUGUAAAAUCUUUGGCGUGGUGAGCUAUCACGGGGGACGCGGUGUUAGAGGAUUUUCGUGGAAAAGAUUAUGCCUUUGUGGCCAGUUGGUUACGAGGAAAGGGCUUACACAAGCUUUGUGCCGUAUUUGAAGUAUUUAAAUUUUGAAAUUUAUAAUAUUGGCUUCAGGCUUUGAAUGUAUGAAUGUAUAGGUCAACUGCUUUGAUCUACUGCAAGUAUGUUAAUUAAUAAGGUGAGCGAUGAUGCAUGUCACUGAAAUGGUCAUGAUGAAGUAAUCUCAAUAGGUGGGAUCUUUUUUUAUAGAAGGCUUUGUAUGUUGCAUCACGCAAAAAAGCUGAGCAUUCAGUUUAAUACCUUGUAGCAGCGAUUUCCGCUGCUUUGCAUGAAACUUUGGUUCGUAGUAAAUAGGCUAACAGGGUUUCUCAGUUUUUGUUAUAUUUAUAAAGGUUUUGUUCGACAACUGAAGGCGUUUCCGCCGUCUUUCUGUCAUUUUUGUGCCUGUGAAAUGUCCCCGGGGUGGGGGCAUUUGAUCACCUGAAUGGACCCCAGUGUGGGGCAUUUGAACGGCAUUUUGGCCCGGGUAGGGGGGAAUUUGAACAACAAUUUUCAAAAAAGUCAAAUUCCCGGGGGGUUGCCCGGGGGGUGGAUGUUGAAGCUUCGAUUUGACCGAUACAUAACGCGCGUAAAAUUUACGCGGGUACUAGCAAUGUUGAGGCAAUAUAUGAUUGCACCUCAACUUUUACGUUCACGUGCGACACUUCGUACAUGCCUCUAUUUUAUUUACCCUUGUACAAUCUACCUGUCUACUGUACACAGGUAGAAAUUACGCGACAGUGAAGAUCCCGGCUAGAAUCUAGUUUGGUCCAAAAAUGUAUACCCCGCAGUCCCGAGUCACUUAUUGCUUCCUAAGGAUUGAUUAUGAAUGAUUACGUCACAGACCAAAAGGGUUUGGGAUACUUUCCGUCCACCAUUCGCACUGAGAUAAUAUUUUUCAUCUCCCUUAAACAAAAACAGUAGAAAAAACUAAGAAAACGAAAGUUAAACAAGUUGUCAAGCAUGGGUUGAGGCCAAUAAUGCUGAUUUAGAUUUUCAGGUGUAACCAAGGGCAGAAACAUGAGGAACAACUCAUUUUAUUGAUUAUCUCUCAAACCCUAUUUAAACGUUAAGAUUGACAGUUGGAUGCACUAAAGGUGUUAUAGCUAAAAUAGAAAGAGAAAAUACAGAUAAAAAUUCAUUUAACGAUUCUCUUGAUAAUAAUAAAAUGCAGUAGAUAUUUCAUCGAUAUUGGCUCAAAAAGAAGACACGAGAACGCACAUAAAAAAGAAACUAAUAAUUCUAAUAUGGUUACCUUAAACUUUCAUUUCAUGUAAUCGAUUCCACAGGUUCUAACUGGAAAUACAAACUGGCGGGACAUAAUAAAGAAUUAUGUUCCAAUAAUAUACGCUCGGUAUGUUCGACUUUACCCGAUUCAGUGGUACGGCAGCCGAGGAUGUAUGAGAAUAGAGAUAUAUGGAGAACUUUGGCCUGAAGGUAGGCAUGUGCUGCAAGUUGUACUGCCUCGUUAUGUUUUUCAUCGCCAACUAUUGCGGCCAAGCGCCCGCGUAACGUAAGCGGUUUCUUCGAUAUCUGAUUCUCAAAAUGGAGUCAAAUUUUACAAAGAAAUGAUGGUUACAAUGAUAAACUACAAGGUUUUCAUCUCUUCAUCAUCUCCUUCUUUCGUUUCCUUUAAUUGUUGUUGUUAUUGUCAGUUAACGUUUAAAUAUGGAUUGGAAGGACAACACUACAAAGAAAACGUUAAAGUUAUUUGUUUGUUAUAUAGUGGGAAGUGCACUUAGCCGGCUUAUCCAGCCAGUUUACAGACACUAUCGGGGAAAAUUGCAACGCCAGGCAAUUCACAGAAAUGCUGGCAUGAAAUUGAAUAAACGAAGUUAUGAAUUGAUGUAGUUAGUGUUCGUAAAUCUCACUGGUAAUUGAUCUUUUAAAAGAGUUUAAGUUAAAGAAAAAAUGAUAAAUUCGAGGCGGGUUAAUUUACUAUAAAACGCUAAUAUUUCUUUUUUGCCUUUUCUAGUUCCAGCGACACUGUUUUCCCCCAUUGGUUGUAGUCCUGCACUUCACAAUCAAGUGAUUUCGUCUAUAAAUACCACCCAAACUGGGAUAGAUUGCUUAAAACUGUGCUUGGAAACCGAACAGUGCAAAUCGUUCAAAUUUAAUAACCCAAUGCAGAGGUGCGAAGUGCUUUCCUCAACCACUGAACUGCAGAGUGGAGUUGAACUCGAAGAGGGAUUCAGUUGUUACGAACCUCCUUCCUAUCAAAGAAUUUCACCGUAGUGGUGGUGAUCUUGCAAAUAUUUCUCACUAGAGUAGUAGCACACUACGUAAUAAAAAAUAAACAUAAAUAGGUAUUAAGUGAUAAUACUGCUGAAGGCGUUAUGACGUAAUUACAUGAAAUAACCUCUACGUCAUUGUUUCUAAGCUGCGAUCAGGCGUCCUUCCCUUGUUCUUUGUAUGACGGGAUUCGCCGACAUUUUCCCUCCCGAAAAAAGAACGCCUGAUCGCAGGUUACAUUGUUGCUAGUGUAAAUUAACCUGUUUUCCAAAGGCGGUUAGAGAAUCCCUAGCACUUCAAUCGAUUGCUGCGUGCGUCUCGAAAUAAGAAUGUCUCGAAAUCAGAAAUUUAACAAUUGUACCAAAGUAAAUUAUUACGUAGUGGAAGCCAGAUGACCGUCAAUUUCAGGAGGAAAAAGAGUUUGCUCCCGCCCAAUUCUGACCGAUAUUAAACGUCAAGAAAUGAAACGAUACAUUCCAUUUCUUUUUCAAUAUUUAACCCCCUAAGAUAGCUGUUUUUAUGUCAUUAAUAUUUUCAAACCAUUCUUUUUUCUCUCUCUUUUUAAGCCAUAGCUUAAUAUAUUAUCCUUGUAGUAUAUUCUGUCUUUUUAACGCUAUGUAAUCAAUCAUUAUUAAUAAAGACGAUCAUUGAAUUGAAUUGAUAUCAUUGUCUGCAUGUUUGCGUCUAGUUAUAGGCCUUGUAUAAAAUCAAGCAAUUACUUUAAUUGCUUCCUUUUUAGCUUUCUCCUAUUAUCCCGACCCCCUGGAAUGUGUGAGCCGUCCCAGUUCCUUGUCGUGUGGCAAAGUUAGCAGGAAGUUCUUUCUGUACACCUACCAAGAGGUUUUUCUCCUAAGGUUUAAUUUAUUUUAUCGAGCUACCCCAAUCUGAUAACACGAAGCUCUUCGAAACUUUGAAAUUUCGAUCGUUCGUUCUUCGUGACAAGGAUUGUCAUUGUUUUAGGGCUUGUGUCUAUUGUUUUCAUUUAUUUCGUUAUUGUUUCCUAGCUAAAUUCUGUAAACUGUUCCGAGAGUUUCCAGGCGGCCCAAAACAAGAGAAGCAGAUGUCAUUGAUAAUCUUUUUGGAACUCCUUAGAAGUUUCCUUUACAAUCUAUAACUAAAGCACAACGACUAUAAUUACCUUUCUGUUCAGUUCGUAUGAAAGGAUCGGAUUAUUAGCAGGAAUCAUCUUACAUAAUUUAUUAACAGAGGAUGAUGCGGGUCGCUCUUGAAUCAUUUACAUUCAACUUUCUGUUUUUGUGCGCUGUUAUAACACUUGAUAUAAUUAAUAUCGAGUCGGGUCGAGCUGACAGUAUGACAACACUCUCCGAAAAUGAACUUUGCAGUUAUAAAAAGUGAUCUCGACCACGACGUGACCCAUAACAACGCUCCUUUUAAUAUAUAAUUUGUGUUUUGUACAAUACACGCUGAUUGUUGACCAUCGACAAGCGAAUCGUUUUAUCCGAAAUCAUUACACCUCCCUUCACAUCCCGAGUUUAUAUCAUCAGCUUUUGUGAUAAAAUAUAGUUGACUUAAUUUGACUGAACCACACACUGUGUAGCAAAAAUAAUUUGGUUAGGAAAAAUCUGCAAAUGUAAACUGGGGACACUCACAGAUUAUACCUAAAAAUACACGUUUCUCAUUUUAGACUUGAGAGACGCGAUUCAUAUAUGUAGGUAAUCUAUUUUAUCAACGCAUCAAAGAAGAGUUAGAGUUAUGCGUUUGAUGCAUCUCUGGUUUGCAUUUCUGGUAGGUAAAACAAAAAUUUUUGCUUCUCGCUAUUCACGCUUCAUAUCGUAAUUGAAGCGCGUAUUAAAACCUUUAAGGUGACUCGACCCAGUUUUUUUGAGGGGGUACCAUCCUACUUUGAAGCUCUCUGGUAUCCCCACCUUUACUUUUAUCGUAAGUCUAACACAUAGAAUGGGUAACAUAUAGAUCAAUCUACAAUAUAACAUAAAAUUUUUGGCGAUCGGAGUAAAUGUCACGUGGUUCUAAUGCCACGCCCCUUUGAGGUCUGAGUCGAAAACCUGCUGUUGCCGGCAUUUUUUCGUGAAAAUCUCUCAGCUACACACAGUGCGCAUUAGUGCCUUGCGCUGAAGAGAGUUUCACCAAAAUCGCAAAGACCCAAUUCGAGAAAUUCAGCGGUUUCCAAAUUUAGGUCAUACUUAAUGCGAAAAUGAUAAGCAAACUUUACACGGAUUAUAUCUAAUAAACUAUGAGAUUCAUCCCUUUAUUUUGGGCAUCGUUAUAACAGAUGGGGCCUUGCAAGUCAGCAAAACGCUUUAGGACCCUGUAAAUGCGCGCGAUUUCGAGCAAAGCAAACAUAUAGAAAUUAUAGUUUUCGCUAUUUCUUGACGUUUGUCAGCGUUUAAGAGUCCUUCUCACGAAAAAAGCAUUUUCUUAAAAAUUCGUAGUUUUUUUUCCUUCAAAUUUUUUCAGGGCCACAAUUGAUUAACUAACUACCCGGACUCUGAAUUUCAUGGUCAUUGAAAAACUGUGACAUUAUCUUUUAUAAGCCCAAACUUGAGUAAACAUUGAAGAUUUUUAGCGUUUUGGCUGAGUUUGUGCUUUGGGAGUUGUCUAUUGUUUCUAGUCUGUCAUUAUACAGCAUUCCUGUUCAGCACGCGUGCAAUGACCGCGCUUGGCUGACUUCCAAAUGCUCACCGAGAUAUAAUAAUUUUGGUACAGUGAGACAGGCCAUCGCGUGAUACAUAGAGGUUUAACUAACAAUUUUUAAUCAAUUCUUGUGCCUUUGCAAAAAAAUCAAGAAGUGCUACACACUAAAUCUACUUACUAUGACAAAAAUAUCAUUUUUUCAUAGGUUUAAUGCAAGCCAAUAAUUAAACCAACUCGUGACGGGAAUAUCUCGGUGAGCAUUCGGAAGUCAGCCAAGCGUGGUCAUUGCACGCGUGCAGAACAAGAAUACUGUAUAAUGACAGACUAGAAACAAUAGACAACUCCCAAAGCACAAACUCAGCCAAAACGCUAAAAAUCUUCAAUGUUUACUCAAGUUUGGGCUUAUAAAAGAUAGUGUCACAGUUUUUCAAUGACCAUGAAAUUCAGAGUCCGGGUAGUUAGUUAAUCAAUUGUGGCCCUGAAAAAAUUUGAAGGAAAAAAAACUACGAAUUUUUAAGAAAAUGCUUUUUUCGUGAGAAGGACUCUUAAACGCUGACAAACGUCAAGAAAUAGCGAAAACUAUAAUUUCUAUAUGUUUGCUUUGCUCGAAAUCGCGCGCAUUUACAGGGCCCUAAAGCGUUUUGCUGACUUGCAAGGCCCCAUCUGUUAUAACGAUGCCCAAAAUAAAGGGAUGAAUCUCAUAGUUUAUUAGAUAUAAUCCGUGUAAAGUUUGCUUAUCAUUUUCGCAUAAAUUAUGACCUAAAUUUGGAAACCGCUGAAUUUCUCGAAUUGGGUCUUUGCGAUUUUGGUGAAACUCUCUUCAGCGCAAGGCACUAAUGCGCACUAUGUGUAGCCGAGAGAUUUUCACGAAAAAAUGCCGGCAACAGCAGGUUUUCGACUCAGACCUCAAAGGGGCGUGGCAUUAGAACCACGUGACAUUUACUCCGAUCGCCAAAAAUUUUAUGUUAUAUCGUAGAUUGAUCUAUAUGUUAUCCAUUCUAUGUGUUAGACUUACGAUAAAAGUAAAGGUGGGGAUACCAGAGAGCUUCAAAGUAGGAUGGUACGCCCCCCAAAAAACUGGGUCGAGUCACCUUAACGGUUAAGGUUUGUUGUUAAUAUACUGUCACUGUCAAUUGUCACUGCCAUCAAUGUUGAAUUUUAGUAAUUUAAGAAUUACUCACACGACACGAUUCUUCUACGAGAAUCGCCCGACGUUUUAUCGCUGACAGAAAAUCGGGAAUUCACAUUAAUUUUCAGUUUAAAGUUUAAUUCAUUUCUACAGAUAGCGCGGUCAAACGAGGGUUAUUGGGCAGACCAAGGUAAGCAGUUUUUAUUGAAGAUUGUGCUGUCAGAAGUUUGAUUCUUUAUGAUUUUAGAUGUUAUAGCAGAAGCCGAUAAAUUGGCCCCCGGAUAUAGCUCCAUGAUAACAGUAAUUACUGUCACGACUCGGCCUGUUUCGUAAAGAUCCGUAUUCGUUUUCCUUCAUGGCAUAAGUGGGGGCUGUGUGACGUCAUAUUAACUGAUGGCAUGUAUAGACAAGAUGAACACCAUCUUGAAUUAUAAAAGUAUUCUAUAUAGCUUUAAAUAGUUCCAUACCUGGCUAACAGUUUGACAACCGGAGGAAGAAAUUUGUACGCUAGAGGUUUAAUGCAAUAGUAGUGAUCUAAAAAACAUUGUAUGGAGAUAUUUAGAUGAUUAGGUUUGAGCCUUUAAAUUUUAAAGGUUUUUUGGUUUCUAUGUUAACUUAAGUAUUGAGUAACUUGUUGGUACAUGGGUAAUUGUAAAACGUACUCUCAAGGCUUCACUAUAAUGGCCCUGCAACUCUUUUUAUGUCAUACAAUUUUUUUAUUAGGCUGCAAUAAAGCUCUUGGCUUAGAAAGUGGAGAGAUCUCAGAUGGCCAAAUCACCGCGUCGUCAUCAUACGAUUCCCAGCUUCUUGCGCCGUUUGCCAGGCUGAACUUAAAACGAGCCUCGAUAACAAAAGGAGCCUGGAUAGCCGGCAGUAAUAAUGUUAAUCAGUGGCUUCAGGUUGAUCUGAGUCUUCAGUAUAACGUCACACGCGUAGCAACACAAGGAAGACGGGUAUUCCGACAAUGGGUUACUGGGUACAAUCUGCUGUACAGUGACGAUGGUGUCAACUUUUUCUACUAUGAGAAUGAAGAAGGAAAAACGAAGGUUAGUUAAGCUGUAAAACAUAUAAAACAUACAAGCAAACAAAUAUUUUUCUGACACAGAAAAUAUUAAUUCUUAUAUAUUUGAUCUUCGGUAGAAAUAUUUAUUGACACGUGAAAAAACAUCGCAGCCAUAAGAUUUCGUAUUAAAACAUUUAAAUGCGCCUUGUAUCUGUCAGGAGUGAUAACCGGCCUUUUAACCGUACCUUUUAUACCAUUAACAUGUUUUCUAUUUUCUGAUGAAGGAAUUUACUGGAAACAGAGACCCGGUCACUAUUGUCUCUCAUUCACUGAACCCGCCCGUCUUUGGACGCUACAUCCGCUUUCAACCUUUGGCGUGGGAACGGCAUAUUUGCAUGAGGGUAGAGGUUUAUGUUACUAACAAAGGUAAUAGAGUAAAAGGAAAAUAAGAAAAUACAAAUUAGUAAAUGCUUCAAAAAUUCUGUUGAAUGAAAUAAUAAGUCGAUUUUUAUCGACCAAUUGUCUUUUUAAAUUUCAAUUCAUUAAAUACAAACUUUUGGGUGGACUCAUUUGCAGAGUACGCGUUUAGCCGUUGCGUUUGCCCGUUAGCAUAGCAAGAAACUGCAAAUACGGCCAAGUCGAGGAGGUCUCAUUUUUACGUGUUCUUUUUCCCUAGUAGUAGUGAGGUUUGUUACGACUAACGGGACUUAAACGUCAACUCCCGUAAUGAAGACCGACUGGCUGAAUAAAACGGCUUUCGACGCCUGAUUUAGAAGCCAGUUUUGACAGUUUGGAGGGUAAGGGUAGUGACAAAACAACACUAACUGCUUGUAAUUUGGUUGUGUCAGUGUUAAGUGUUGCAUAGUGAUACCAUUUGGGUUGUGUAAUGCACCUUCGAUUUUUAAACGUUUAACGAGCAGUGUAGUAAGAGACAUGGCUUUGCCAAAAUCAAUAAAAAAAAUUCGAGCUAGCAAAUGCAACGGCCCUACUAGUACUCUGAAAAUGAAUCCACCCCUUGUAAGACUGGAAAUGUAAAAGAAAUCUUAAAUGAAAUUUUUCGGGGCCUUUUUUUCGUCUGUAGUCUGCUCACAGUUGUUUGGACAUGCUCAACAAUGCCUUUUUAAUUGGAAUUCAUUAGAUACAAACCAGUAAGGUGGGUAGAAAAUAUAAGACCCAAAAACGAAGACCUCCCACCAAAAUGGUAUAUAAAUUGGUACAAUCAACUAUCUCGACCUGAGAUGUGUAAAAAAACAAUAAGUUCUUUAAUUAUCAGUGAACUGACACCCCCACAAUCUAUAAGGGUCUUGAGGUGGGUUGUAGAAAACGAAGACCCUGUUCAAUUUAAUUCAUCGAUAGUUGAAGAUCUUGUUGUCUCUUGCUCAUCUCUUGGGUCAAGAAGCCGUUCCUAGCUGUUUUAAAGUGAUUUUCACGGGGUUCUUCGUUUUUUUACAUUUGAGAGGGGUUUGUAGUGAACAAACACCCUCGUCAAAUUCAUUGAUAGUUGAAAAUCGUGCUUUUUCUGAUACGGCCCACCCCAAACCUGAAAGACAUAGUCAUUUGGCUAGGUGACUGAAAAAGGAAAAAAAGAAAUCAUUGCUGAAAUGUUUGGGUAUUUUUUGUUCUGUAGUCUUCUCACAGUCGUUUGAGCACAUUCCUUUUUACAAUUAUUAAUUGUGCGCAUGGCCUUCGAGCGAGUAGGCCGCGCUAUUUUUGAGCUCUAGUUCGGUGUAAUCUCUCUUAAAUUUCUAUCACUAAAACCUAAAGCAAAGCGGAAGAGAAAUAUCGACAAACUUAGAAAAGAAACCAAAAGUUGAGGACCGAUUUACAAGCGACCAAGGAGGAGGUUGAGAGGCUUUCGAAGCUUGUGACUGGCAAAUAGCAAGAUGGCGCCCCAUUGUCUCCACUUUCACCUGGGCAAAGUAAAUCUGUUUACUUGGUCAGUACGAUGGAAUUAUGAAACAGCUACAGUCAAUUAAGGCCAAAUUGAAUGGCGCUAAGUUAUGGAAUGAGAUACCAGGUAGAAUGAGAGAUACGUCAAAAAAAGUGUUUAAACGAAAAUUAAUCAGUGUGCUCUUUGAAAUAUUAAAAGACAUAGGUGCAGGUAAUAUGGGUUUUUAAUUAACUCUUAUGAUUUUUGCUUCAUUUUUAGAAGGAGAACGACCUGUAGGAAUGGAACACGGUGCAAUCCCUGACAGCCAAAUCAGUGCUUCGUCGUCAUACCACAGUUCGAAACCGCAUUAUGCCAGAUUAAACUCUCAACCAGUGCAGCGGAAUAGAAAAGGAUCAUGGAGUGCAGGAUCAGAUGAUUCCAGUCAAUGGCUUCAGAUCGACUUGGGCGAUCAGUUCACUAACGUAACUUGUGUGGCAACGCAAGGAAGACAGGAUUAUCCUCAAUGGGUUACCAAGUACAACCUUCAGUACAGUAAUGAUGCUAUCACCUUUCACUUCUAUACGGACGAAAAAGGGCAAGCUAAGGUAAACUAUCAUUAAGCGAGAUGUAGAUUACCCAUUCCUGUGUUGUCUUUUGAGUUAGAACUACAAUAGGGCGGGCGCUGUAUGAGCUAAGGACCAGUUAUAACUAUUAUGAUGAUGAUACGUCGUUGUCCAGAUGUUCAUGUUCGCCACUAGAUCAGUCGAAACGUGAACGAUCUACAGAACAAAUCGGACUACAUCGUGAGAAAAUUGAUUGAAUACUUAAUUGUUAUCAUCAUUAUCACCAUUGCUAUCACCACAUAAUCACCACUUUCAAUCAUCACAUCACAUCACAUCACAUCACAAUCAUAACAUUUGUAUCAAAGAUGUUGGCAAGAUUGGCAAAAGUUCAGAAAAUUAUGAGAGGAGGAGAUAACCGAAGAAGGCGCUGGGUAAAGAGCUCCUUUUUUACCUGUGUAGUCUAGGUACUCUCAUUCUUACCACCAUUCUAUGAACUCAAAGUAUCGUUUCUAUUUUGUGACUAAUGAGAAACUUUUAUCGGUUAAACACCUUUGUCGUUCUGCUUCCAUUUGUACUCAUAAGCUACUGAGCAAGAAACCUCAUCAGAAGGGAAUGAAGUAUCAAUAGUAGUGGGACCAGACUCUUUCGAGGGGAAAAAGGCGAAUAAGGGAGUGAACUGCUCAAAAAUAUUGGCUAAGGAAUCAAGUCGAGCAAGGAACUUCGCCUCUUUGUUCGCGAUCACCCUGUUAUUUGCCCCUUUUCCAAUUCUUAGGAGCCUGGUCCGAGGCUAAGAUAUCAGUUUCAAAACGGCAGUAAUUUAAGCACAGAAAACACAUGAAAACACAUGCAAGAGGUUUCGUCCACUGGUUGAUAAUAUUCCAGACACAGAUUCAACCCCUUAGACGUUGGACAGCUAAGAGGAUGUUACUAUUCCAACCCUUCCCCAGUCUGGAUAAGGUGUUAUCGAAAUUGCAGUGUAUUUUCGAUUAAGUGCCAGCUCCAUCUUCUUUUUCAAUGUGUAGGAGUUUGAUGGAAACACCGACCAGGAGACAAUUGUUUCUCAUGAGCUGAACCCACCAAUUAAGGCACGUUACAUCCGUUUUCGGCCGGUGUCUUGGCAAACCUGGAUAUCGCUGCGCGUAGAGCUUUAUGGGUGUACACAAGGUAUUGGCGUUGUUUAUUUACAUUAUUAUCAAGUAUCAUUUUGAAUUUCAUAAAAAAAAUUAAGAGAAAUAAAAAAAGAUAAUUACUUAGUGACAGUACUUUUCUUGUAUUUAGUUCUUUUUACGUGUAGCGAAGAAAAAAGUUCUUUCCAAGGAUCAUGGAUUGCCUUAAACCCAGACAAGAAUAUUGGUUUUUGAACUACCCACUUUUGAACAUUUCCGUCACCGAUGCCUUCGACUGCCUAAAUCCACGUUGUGUUGGCUGUUAAAGGAGUAGCCGGCAGUGUUCUCGACUGAAAACCGUUUUCUUGUUUAUCAUCGCUCAAUCCGGGUAAAAUGUGAAGUAGUCCACGCAGUUUAUCGAGGCAAAUGGCAUUGUUUUUUUAAAUACUGUGAAAGGGCAGAAGACAGCCUUUGCGUCGGGCUUUUCUUCCCUUCCGCACUUCAGUGGCGGGGAUCUAGGGGAGGGGCCAGGGGUCCCGCCCUACCCUUAUUUUUAGACCAAAAUGGGGCCCAAAGGGCCGAAAAAAUUUGGGGGGGGACUGUUCCCCCCUUAUUUCAGGGUCUGGAUGACCGGAUCCCCCCCCCUUAUCUCAAGGUCUGGAUCCGUCACUGCACUCACCCCCUUUUAUCUCUUUCCCCUUUGUACAUAUUUACGUUUAUGUUAUAAUCAAUUAGACAAGAUCAGAGGUUUAUUCUGUACAGCUGAACUACAUGCGAAAUAAAAUAAUUGUUUUCCUUUAUUCCAUUCAGAUCUCAUUUCGUAUUACAUUCUAAACUAAUCUCAAGGUUGUUUUUAUAUUUGAUCUCCGCGUCUACUUUAUUUAUCCACUUAUCAUUCAAAUUGUUACAGGCUGCCCAAGAGAUAGGCAUGUGUAAAUCUAGGUAACACUUGAGAAAAAAUAACCAAGAGAACUUCUAAAGGCGUGACGAGGUAAAGAACUUCUGAACCAGGCCUUCUUCUCUUCCGGCAUGCCGUGCAUCACUCAUUUAGAACCCAAACAGUCAGUUGAACAGUUGUAAUUUGAAUUUAAAACUCACGAAAUAAGAAUAGAUACUACAUUUCAUCCUAUUUUCGUCUGCGGCGUUCUAUUCAUUUUUCCUUCGGUUUGAUCCACUGAUUACGCCGACAAGACAACAUUUACUUAUUGGUAUUAAAAUAACACAAUUAACAAUAGUUAAGUCCCCUAGGUCAUGGGCGCGCAUUGCGUAACAGACUUUCUUAAAUAUAACUACAGAAUGUCAACAACCCCUCGGUAUGGCAAAUGGCGUAAUCACUGGGUCUCAAAUAAGUGCUUCUUCAGAGUUUGACACUUAUCUUCAUGCUGCUACUUAUGGCAGACUGUUUUACAAAUUACAAAGAGGAGCAUGGUCGUCCCUUUAUAAUAACGUAAAUCAAUGGAUCCAGAUCGACUUGAGUGGUCACCGUUCAAAGGUGACUCGUGUGGCAACACAAGGACGAGCAGAAACUGAUUGGAGCGAGUGGGUGACCUCGUACCGGCUGCAACACAGCAACAAUGCGAUCACCUUCCAUUACUACAAAGAGCUGGGACAAACAACAGACAAGGUAAAAUUACUUACUCAUUAGAUUGACAAUGAAUUAGAGUCUUUUUGAUUGCAAUCUUGGAUCUAGGCGAUAUAGGCUUCUUUACCAGUCGCUGUUUCAAAGGAGCCCGGGCUUCUCCCCCGAACAAGAUCCUAGGGAGGCGGAAAUCGAGCCUAUCUUGAAUCCAACUGUAGCCAGCGAAAACAGCCUGCUCUCAUUGCUCCUUGUCGCUGUUGACGAUUCGGGAUGGGAAGCAAGGGAGGACCACCAUAUUCAAGGGAAAGGAUUGGCCUUAUUGAUCGAAUCGAUGCGUGGUGUUCAUUGAAUCGAUGAUAUAUUGCUCGCAUCAUUCAAAUAUGGUAAGCGCCAAUUGGUUUUGAAUAAUUAUCCAGGGAGAUUGGAGCCAAUCAGAAACCACGAAGAAUUUUGAAUGGAAUAAUAAUCUGAAAUAUUUCUAGGGUGAGCUUAUUCGGGGUUGUUUGGGAUAAUAUUUUCCUUUCAAAUUUUUCUAACAACUUGUUUCGUUUUAUGGUUUAGGUUUUUACGGGAAAUACAGAUAGGGAUACUGUGGUUUCUCAUGAACUAAGACCGCCAAUCAGAGCGCGUUAUAUUCGUUUUCGUCCACUAACUUGGAACAACCAUAUUUCAAUGAGAGUGGAAUUGUUUGGCUGUUCACAAGGUGCGUAAUAAUAAUAGUGUAAUACUAAUACUACUAAUGAUGAUGCUGAUGAUGAUGCCAAUAAUAACAAACCUGCUUCCGCUUCUUAAGAUACUAGACAAAAAAGAAAGUUAUUGACCUCAAUAAUCUGAAUUCAAGAGUUAAUCGGCUACUGGCAUGGGACAAAUGACUAUCAUUUGUACGUUUGCUAACAUCAUUUUCAGAAACACAGAAGCUAAAAAACUUAAUUUAUUAAUCACAAAAAUUAAUGAUUUGUAUUUCGAGGGUCGAAUUCCCCCAAAUUAUCAUAAUACCUCAGAAAUUAAAAAUACAAGGAUGUGACCAACGUCCUUAUCCGAAAGUGAGGGUAUAACAUCACACAUGUAAUGGGUAGGAAUAGAGGCCAGCUAUAUGGAUGGGAAGCUUAUAAUUUGAGACGUUUACCACGAAGCUGGAUAAAUAUCUCUACGUCGUUUCCUUAGAUUGUCAUGAUCCACUUGGUAUGGAAAACGGUGAAAUCUCUGAUAACCAAAUCAUUGCAUCCUCUGAAUGGAAUGAAAAGCACUCUGCCAACUUGGGGAGGUUACAUUUUGACGGAGGAGCACUGGGCAAGGCGAGUGCAUGGAUUUCACUCACAAAAGACGCCGACCAGUGGCUGCAAAUUGAUCUCUUUAGUUUAGGUAAUAAAUACACCAGAAUAACAGGUGUAGCUACACAAGGAAGAAGGAACGAAAACUACCAGCACUGGGUGAGCAAGUAUAAACUGCAGUACAGCAAUGAUGGAGUGAAUUUCCGGUAUUACAAAGAACAAGGACAGACUGCGGACAAGGUAUUAUGACAUAAAGAACUUCACGGUUGUUAAAAACGCACUGUUAUUAUCUACGGAUUAAAUGAUUGCAAAGUGGACAAAACACCUGGCUAUGCUUGCAAACGUCGGCUUUCCACUCUCCAACUGUAACUUAAUUGGUUUCUCUAACACACAUCCACUGGAUAGUUUAUUCCGAGGAUAGUGCUAUCAAGCCUUCGAGCAACCAGAUCCUAGUUUCUUUAAAGCUUAUUCCACUCGCUGGAAGUAAUACUGUUAGUUUUUGCUCCCGUGGUGAAAAAAGCUACCGCAGAGAUAACUGGCAUGUGGCAGUCUAGCUUUUAUAGCGAUGUUGCUUUUUGAUCCUUCAAUGUUGGCUCUUCCUAUCAUUGCGAGGAAAAUUCGCCAAGUGAUAGAUUGCUCACCCACCAAUAGGGAAUGCGAGCUAGGUUUAAGAAAAAUCAGACUUAGGAUCUCAACAAAGUUGUUCAUGAAGCGACAGUAGCUCGCUAGAAGUGUUGGUUAUUAUUUUUGCUCCCGCUAAACAAAACAUCACCAAUGUAGAGUAAAUAUACAUAAUAAAUUCAUUUACGUCAUAGCUAUAGUUUUACUGUAUAUGUUAAAAAUUUACCAUCGUAUAGGAAUUUGCUGGGAAUGUCGGUCUUAAUGAGACCGUUGUUCAGCACGAUCUUGAUCCACCAAUCAGAGCACGUUAUAUCCGCUUUAGACCAAUGGCGUGGAAUAUCCACAUAGCAAUGAGAGUGGAGAUCUAUGGAUGCACGCAAGGUAAAUGAUAGAUUUUAGGGGAACCUAUGAAAGCAAAUAAUAUAAAUUUUUAUGUUUUCUUUAUUUUCCUUUACAUAUUAAGUCAAGCACUGCUGGCAGAAGUGUUAAGUUGAGUCAGCUCUGUUUACUGGGACACGAAAUAAUGCAACAUUCAUUAAAUAAUGAAUUUGUCAAAGAUGUGGCCGUUUCAUUGAAAAAAUAUAAAGCUGGGAAAACUCACAUAAAAAAAUAUUACCACACACACACCAUUCCAUAAGAUCAAAGUAGAAAGAAAGAAAGGAAAGGAGGAUUUUCUACUUUAGGACGAGUUUUGAGCUACACUGGAAAGGAGAGUUGGUAAAGAAAUGAUUUGCUUGCUCUCUGUUUUCGCAGAAUGUACUGCAACAGCUGUUGGCAUAGAGAUGGGAGAAAUUCUUGAUUCUCAAUUCGUUGCUUCAAGUGGCAAUGCUUCGCUGGCAAGAUUAAAUGGACGCUUUGCUUGGUGUCCAAUGAUAGAUGGUUAUGGUGAAUAUAUACAGGUAGGAGAAGUUUAUGAUAUCAUAAACUGUACUCAGCAUUCUUUCCUUGCAUGCGGUCCUGUGGAACACUCAUUUAGCUUUUUUAAAAGGAUUCGAUUAUUACAAAAGUUAACCACUUAUAAUUAGUGAUAAAAUGAGAAAACCUAAGGGCCGCUAAGAAAACUCGACGCCUAUUGACGAAGUAUUAAAUGAGAUAAAGGAUAAACUCACAAUUUCAUAUGAUCGGAAACUAACAAAGCAUAUCUGCGUAGAAAAACCACUUUGUAUUUUCGUAAACGCUGGCAACCUCUCGACCAGCUGCGGUCACAGAUUAUAGUUGAAAAAACAAAUGUUAAAGAUUAUGUGUAAUAUAAUUUGCAACCCGUUUUGCAUGUUACCAACACUUGACUCAUUGAUGUAUUUUGUUAAAUAUCAGAAUUCUUUAAUUUUCUGCUCAGGUUGAUCUUGGUCGACUGUACCGCAUUUGUGCUGUAGCCACGCAAGGAAAUCCAGGAAAAAAUAAGCAUUUCUUAAAGGAAUACAAAUUGGGGUGGACCAGGGACCUGAUUGCAUGGGAAACAAGUACUGAGGUAUGGACACGUGAAACCUAGGUAACAUACACAGUCCGAUUUAUUGUAAUGAUUUAGUAUUUUUGCAUUAGAAUCGCUUACCCCCCUUAACGAGACAGGUGAAAAAAUUCAACCUUCAUAAUAGCCAGUUUCACAAGUACCCCCAGUAACCCUCACGAUAACCGUAGAUAUAUACUUUUUAUUAUAUAUUAUACCUACCUGGUCAGGGGUGGAAAAGUUCUUUUGAUAGCGUUCUUUAGGUACGGAUCAUCUUGGUUUUUCAUUUAGAUCUUUAUUCCAGAACUAUCCAACUUUACAGGCUAUCACAGGAAACACUAACUGGCGGGACGUUGUGAAGAAUUCCAUUCCUGCAAUUUACGCUCGGUAUAUUCGCCUUUACCCUUUAAAGUGGUACGUCAGGGGAUGUGUGAGGAUGGAGCUUUAUGGGGAGCCCUGGCUAGAAGGUAACGUAAGGAUACAACAUUUGUUUAAUUUAAAAAUAAGUUCCAUAACGUCAGAAAAUAAUAUUGUUUUCGUGAGAGCAAAGUAUUAGAGACCUUUAGCAUCAGGUUUUUCAUGGAAACCGCAAACCGCAAAAUGUCACGUGACCACGGCCUUGCGGUCACGUUUGCAGUUUGCAAUUCAAGUUUGAACCGGCACGGAAGGGCUUCUAGCGGAAAGUGAUUUACGGCAAGGUUUUUUGCCACUAAAAAUUGUACAGCCUCGCGUUUAAAGGUACGAACUAGCUUGUUAUAUCCGUUUGCGAUGUGUUUGUUGGAUUUUGAUCCCGAAUCAAUGAAUUAUUCCUGUUUUUUGGGCGAUAAAAGUGAUGCAGUGAUGCACUUCGACUUGACGAAAAACAACAUGGGGCAAUAAACAUAAGAAAGUUCUCUGUUCUAAUUAAUCCAGAGUUAAAUUUUUUUCUAUCUUGUUACUGAAUUCAUUACUUAAAAAGUCUCUGUUUAGUUCAUAUUUUUAACGUAUCAGCUGACGUAUCACUCCGCGAAUUUCAUUUUAUUUUACUUUAAUCUUUUUUUGCUACUGUGGAGCCCAGGCUUCUUAAGCCUUCUGGUUUCCUCUGGCCUCCCUUGCCAACUUACAAUUCCCAUAUGUAUUCUUGUAUUGUAUUAUAUUUUGGCUAAAUAAAAAUGAAAUAAAAUGAACUGAACUGAACUGAACGCCUUGCUAAAAUUUGAAAUCUCGGCAACGUGAAACUGCAAACCCGUAACGGCAAACUGCGGUUUGCGGUUUGCGGUUUCCCAUGAUAAACCUGAUACUAAAGGUCUCUAUUAUCUCAGCUGCCCUCGGGUAAAGUUUUCAAAUCUAAUUUUUAAGCCUAUUUGAAUAUUUGUAAAUACUUUGGUUACUGUCUCCUUUUUUCUAGUGCCAACUACAAUAUUUACCUCCACGGCUUCAGAUGAGGCACUACAAAGUCACGUCAUCUCCACACUGAAUAACACCAGCGCCAUAGAUUGCUUUAAAAUGUGCUUGGGGACCACUCACUGCGAGGCGAUCAAUUUAAGCGAGAGGUUGAAGAUGUGUGAAUUGAGCGGUUCUACAGCUAAGGCGCAAAUACUUGAGGAACGGGAAGAAUUUCACCUCUUUAAAUCGCCUGCUCACCAAGCAAUCUCUCUUUAA